AUGGAGAUGGCAGUUCUACUGAUGUUCAUGCUCCUUGUACCGAAGGCACUUUCCCAAGACGGAGGCCGUCCUGACAACGACCAGGCUUCCUUUCAGUCAAAUGAAACAGCCACCCCGACCAUCAAUGACAUGCCGUACAUCAGUACGUCUGUCAGCGUACCGGAGAACUACAGUCAUAUGGAGCCGCCACCAACAGAGAAUGGUCAGGUUGACAUGAACUGCAGCGUCAUCAUUCUAAGCCUUGACACAGUGACACAGUAUAAGAUACUCCGAGAUACGGCAUUCUACAUCGACUUCGUCCUGGCUUGCCAAUGGAGGGACACCAGAUUGCUACAAGCCAGACCGGGGAACGACACAGGUUCAAGUUACAUCCAGGGGAACAUCUGGAGACCUACCAUCCAGACAUCUGUGCUUUCUAAAGAAUACCAAAACCGUGUGGAUUUCUUUCCUCCAGUGCUGCUUUACGACGGAAGUGUGAUUCUGGCUCAAAAAUUCAGCCUUAACCAAGCGUGCUUAAUGAAUCUUCGUCACUAUCCCCAUGACCUACAAUGUUGUGCUGUGGCUCUAUCGACUUAUGGCGGGGUGAAAGCCAUGUGGAACGAGCCGAUGUACUGGCUUCCCGACAGUUCUGUAGUGGCUACACUGAUGUCGACUGUGCGCUCCGACUUCCUGAUUGACGGUAUCAACUACACCAGCUACGUGGGGUCGUACUUUGGUCCAAGCAAUGUUUGUUCUUACCAGCGAGGGUUUUGUGACUACCAAGGCUCCGAUGCAUGCACACGGAUGAAGUGUACAGAUGCAGACAAUCUACACAAGCAUGAAUGCAUCAAAUGUAACCACUUCGGUGGCCGGUGUGCACCACCGACAUUGAAGGAGUGUUUUAACAAUACGUCGAGAGGUCUUUCCACGAAGAAUAUGUUGUCUUCCACCACCUUGGAGUUUAAGCUCCUUCUGAGACGGCACGCUGAGUAUGGCUUCAUUUACGCCUACGCUCCAACCUCGGGUAUAGUGGUCCUGUCCUGGAUCUCGUUCUGGCUCGACCCUCGCUCAGCUCCGGCGAGAACUGGGCUCGGCGUCACUACGGUCCUGACAAUGAUAUCAAUGAAUAUGCGAACAACCGAUGCAGAGUUGGGGUACAUCCGGGCCAUCGAUGUCUGGCUGUUUGUCUGCAAGAAUUUCGUCUGCUUCGCCCUGAUGGAGUAUGCCGUCGUGAACUUCCUAGUCACAUCAAGUCCUCCUGAACCCAAGGUCGUCCAACACAACAUGGAGACUGAACACAUCGACGAUGACCUGCUCGGCAACAGAGAAAAGGGGUUCAAAUCACUGCUUCGAGAUGACAAGAACAAACACGAUCCCAGCAAGUUUGACGAUGACACUGAUUCUAAGAAUAAACCGAAUGACACCUAA